ACUUCCAGACGGCUAAAGCGGCUCUGAGCGCCGCCACGGCUCAGGCGGCGGCUCAGGCGGCGCUCAGCGUGAAGGAUUUCGCCCAGAAGAGUUUCCGUCUGUCCAUGGACAUCAAGCUGAAGGCGCCGCUCAUCAUCGUGCCCCAGAACUCCAGCUCCCAGCAUGCACUGGUGAUGGACCUGGGUCUGAUCACGGUGGGGAACAGCUUCUCGCUAAUGCCCGCCGACGGCUGCCCACUGCCCGCCGUGCUGGAGAAGAUGGAGGUCCAGCUGACGCAGCUCAAACUGUCCCGGACGACGCUUCAGCCAGGCUCCUCCCACAUUGAGAUCCUGCAGCCAAUCAACGUCGAGUUGCUCGUCACCAGAAACAUGGCCGCCUCCUGGUUCACUAAGAUCCCGGGGGUCCAAGUCCAGGGAAUCCUACGUUCCCUGAAGAUGAGUCUGGGUGAGGAAGACCUCGGGGUGCUGAUGAAGAUCCUGGUGGAGAACAUCGGGGAAGGAAGUAAAACACACAGCGUUGACGCCAAAACACAGGUGGCUCAAGAGAGGGCGGGGCAUCCUGAGCAGCAGGUGGAGCUGUCGUCCAAUCAGACAGGGUCUGACAGCGCCUCGCAUGCCACCAAUGGCGCUCUGACAGAGAACACCGUCAACGUCCUGCUGAACUUCGAAAUCAAAGAGGUUCUGCUGACGCUGAAGAAGCAGGAAGUGGCCUUCCUGGUGUUCCAGGCGGCUCAGCUGGGCAUCAACACCAAAGUGAGGAGGUUUGACACGGUGGCAACAACCUUCAUCAACCAGAUCUCCCUGAGCUGCCCAGAGUUCAAAGAUUCAAGCGGCGCCGCGUUGUGUCUCAUCAGCUCCUCGGGGUCCGGAUCGGAGCUGCUCAAAGUGCAGUACUUCAAGGCGGACCGCUCCGGACCGAACUUCUCCAGCGUUUACAAAAACACGGAGCAGAUGAUCAACGUGGUCUUCAGUUCUCUGGACCUGAUGCUCCACUCCGAGGCUCUGCUGUCAGCCAUCGACUUCCUGUCAGCGACGCUAUCCUCCGGCAGGAAGUCGUCUCCAGAGAGAGACAUCAGGAUGAAGACGGACGACAAGACGCCGUCCGCCAAGUCCACCACCCUGGUCUCACCGGCAGGAAGUGACAUCAUCGACCUGAAGGUCACGAUGACGCUGGGAGCCUUUAAUGUGCUGGUGUGCGACCAGAGCUGCGACAUGGCCCACAUUAAGAUCCAAGGUCUGAAUGGCUCUCUGCUGAUGCAGGGACCCCAGACUCAUAUCUCCGCCAGGCUGAAGGACUUCAUCGUCCUCAACGUGGACCCACACAGCUUCCACAAGAAGGCGAUCUCCAUCGUGGGGGACGAGGUCUUCAGCUUCUCUUUGAGUCUGACUCCAAACGCCACGGAGGGUCCGGGAUACGCCGACACCUCGAAGACAGAUGGCCGACUGAAACUGAGCGUGGGCUGCAUUCAGAUGGUCUACCUGCACAAGUUCAUCAUGUCCCUGCUGAACUUCUCCAACAACUUCCAGACGGCUAAAGCGGCUCUGAGCGCCGCCACGGCUCAGGCGGCGGCUCAGGCGGCGCUCAGCGUGAAGGACUUCGCCCAUAAGAGUUUCCGUCUGUCCAUGGACAUCAAGCUGAAGGCGCCGCUCAUCAUCGUGCCCCAGAACUCCAUCUCCCAGCAUGCACUGGUGAUGGACCUGGGUCUGAUCACGGUGGGGAACAGCUUCUCGCUAAUGCCCGCCGACGGCUGCCCACUGCCCGCCGUGCUGGAGAAGAUGGAGGUCCAGCUGACGCAGCUCAAACUGUCCCGGACCUGUCUGGACCCAGACUCGGACCCGGCGGCGGGGGGGGGGCCUGGCAUCGAGCUGCUGGAGCCGGUGAACCUGCAGCUGAUGGUCCGGAGGAACUUGUCGGCGACCUGGUACAAAAAGAUGGUGGCAGUGGAGGUGGAUGGAGACCUGAAGCCCAUGAAGGUGGAGCUGAGUCAGGAGGACCUGAAGGUUCUGCUGAGGAUCCUGACGGAGAACCUGGGAGAGGCCGGUGGUCCGGAGAACCCCGACCCUCGACCGGAGGCCGUCGGGCAGCUGGGAGCAGGCCCCCCCGCAGCUGAGCCAGUGGCUGAGACUGGUGGGGAAGACCAGGAGGAUCUGGAGAACCUCAGGUUCAACCUGAACAUCGAGUCUCUGGGUCUGGUCCUGUACAGCAACGACCCGAAACAGCCGCUGGCCCUGCAGCACCAGCAGGAGCUCCGGCUGGGCGAGCUGGCCCUGCACCAGCUGCGGGUCUCGGGGAGGAUCCGGAGCAGCGACGGCCUGGAGGUGACGGCGGUGCUGAGCGGCUGCACCCUGGACGACCUGAGGACCGGCAUGGAGAGAGCAUCGUCACGGAUGGUGGGCCGCAGAGACGAGGACAGCGCUGAGGCGAUGAUCGAUGUGACGUACCGGCAGAGCGCCGCAGAGCGGGAGGUGGUGUUCGUCCUGCAGAGACUCUACCUGUGUGCCAGCGUUGAGUUCCUGAUGGCCGUCGCUGACUUCUUCCUGCAGGCGCUUCCUCAGACACCGAACACUGCAGCCAGCGACAGACUACCCCUCAAACAGACCGCCAAGCCUCGAGCCCACACCAACACCGCCUCUCCCGUCAGGACUCGUCUUCGGGCGGUGGUUCUGGACCCGGAGGUGGUGUUUGUUGCCAGCCUGAUGAAGGCCGAUGCCCCCGCCCUCGUGGCGUCGUUCCAGUGCGACUUCAGCCUGCAGCUGGAGGAGGACGGACGGCAAGACAUGAGGGCCAAUCUGAGGGAGCUCCGAGUGCUGGCCUGCCCCUUCAUCAGGGACCAGGAGGACGCCGCCGUCACCACCGUAUUGAGACCCUGCUCGGUCACCUUGGAGACCAAAACAGUGCCCAACCAACCGCUGAGCGGCUGUGUGACGGUGGAGGAAGUCGUCCUAAAGAUCUCCCCGUUCAUCCUGAACACGGUGAUGACGAUCACGGCGGCCAUGACGGCGCGGCAGCGUGUUGAUGAUGACGGCGCGGCGCCGCAGGAGGUCGGGGACCUUUGGUCGGUCCGGAACAUCUACGGCUGUAACUUCUGGUUCCUGGGAGUGGACUCGGCCAGCGAGGCAACGGAGAGCCUCAGGGAUCUAGACCAGGGCCGGCAGGGAGAGAGCUUCAGCGCCGAGGUCAAGGUUGUACAGGUGACUCUGGAGUCCGGUUUCGGACACCGGACCGUCCCCCUUCUGCUCGCCGAGUCCUCCUUCAGCGGCUCGGCCAAGAACUGGUCCUCCCUGCUGCAGCUGAGAGCCGACAUGACGCUGGAGGUGAACUACUUCAAUGAGAUCCACGCAGUGUGGGAGCCGCUGAUCGAGCGCGUGGACGGAGGCAGACGCAGGUGGACUCUGGAGCUGGAGAUGAAGAACAACCCGCUGCAGGACAGGAGUCCGGUCCACGGAGACGAUUUCGUCAUCCUGCCCGAACCUCGCCUGGCCGUCAGUGUUUCCUCCAAAGACACCCUGAACGUCACGGUGUCCCAGAGCAGCCUGAGCGUCCUGCAGAACCUGGCCAAGGCAUUCUCAGAGGGCGCCUCCUCCUCCUUCGACCCCUCCCUGAAGGAGAAGGCCCCCUUCACCCUCAAGAACUCCCUGGGGAUCCCCCUCAUGGUGCAGCACAGCCCCUCCCUGAGGCCCCGGGGCCCCCCAGGCCAGGGGAGGCUCCAGGAGCUGCCGGUGGACCAGAGUCUGGACCUGGAGCUGUCCAUGAUCCGGACCUCGUCCCGGGGGAAGCUGUCGGCUCUGCAGAGGCAGGAGAGCUCUCUGUUCAGCCUCUCCAUCGUGCCCUCUGGAUUCAGCGAGAUCUCGAACAUCGCUGUGGACAAACCGGGUCGCCGUCUCUACAACGUCCGCGGUCCUUCUCUGCAGGAGGCCGUGUCCGUGCUGCUGCAGAUCGACGCCGCCGACGGAAACAAGGUCAUCACGGUCCGCUCGCCGCUGCAGAUCAGGAAUCACUUCUCGGUGCCGUUCACCGUCCUGAAGUUCUGUCCCACCUCCAGGAGCCUGAAGAGCGUCGGACAGGCGGAACCAGAGAGAGAGUUCCACAUCGACCUGGAGACAUACAGGUGUCAGCUGUUUGUGGCCCCCGCCGGCCCCCUCUCCUCUCAGUACGGCCCCUCCUCCUCCUGCGUCUGCUGGAAGGAGCAGAUCCACCGCAGCCUUGAGGUCUCCUCUCUGCUCCAGUGCCCCUCUCUGGACGGCAGCCUGCCUCUGAUGGUGGUGGCCGUGGCUCUGCCUGACGACCUGCAGCACAUCAGUAGCCACGGGGAGGAGGACUGGGACCCCGCCUACAUCCUGCACCUGCACCCUGGGGCCACCCUGAGGAACCUGCUGCCCUUCAGAGUGCGCUACAUGAUGGAGAACUCUGCAGACUCCUACGAGCUCCCUGCAGGCAGCACCGCGGACCUCCUGAACGCUCGGGUCUCCGGGGAGAUCCUGUCUCUGGUUCUGAUGAGCUACCAGGGCCGCGACUGGCACGGACACAUCCGGAUCCUCCAGGAAGCUCCCGAGUUCUUCUCUGUGGUUCUGGCCUGCGACUCGGACAGCAGCGUGACGGUGGACCUGAGCGUGCACGUGAACAGAACCUCAGGCCGCCUGCUGCUGGCGCUCUUCAGCCCGUACUGGAUCAUCAACAAGACCUCCAGGGUUCUGCAGUACCGGGCCGAGAACUUGACCGUCAAACACCCCGCGGAACACCAGGACAUUGUGCUGUUCUCCUUCAGGAAGAAGAACUUCUUCAGCAAGAGCAAGCUCCAGCUGAGCGUGUCCACCAGCUCGUGGUCCGAGGCCUUCUCUCCAGACGCAGUGGGAAGUUAUGGAUGCGUCCGCUGCCCCGCCAGCAACAUGGACUUCCUGGUGGGCGUCAGCAUCCAGAUGAGCAGCACUAACCUGACGCGGAUCGUCACCAUGAGUCCGUUCUUCACUCUGCUCAACAAGUCCUCCUACGAGCUGGAGGUCGGGGAGCUCUGCAGCCCGACGUCCACCAGGUGGCACUACAUCGCCUCCAGCGAGGACGAUGUGGGCCAGUUCUCCUACGACAGCCGGUCUCAGGUCCAUUGGGUUUCGUUCCUCGACGGACGGCAGCGGGUUCUCCUUUUCACCGAAGAUGUUGCCGUCGUGACGAAGGCUCGGCAGGCGGAGGAGCUGGAGCAGUUCGAACAGGAAGUGAAGGUUUCUCUGCAGAACCUCGGACUCUCAUUGGUCAACAACAGAGGGAGGCAGGAGGUCGCUUACAUCGGCAUCACCAGCUCAGGUGUGGUGUGGGAGAUGAAGCCAAAGAGCCGCUGGAAGCCCUUCAGCCAGAAGAACAUCAACCUGCUGGAGGAGGCGUUUCAGAAGCAGCGCAGCGGCUGGGUCACUCUGGAGACUCACCUGGAGGUGGACCUGGGCAGAGCCACCAUGAUGAUGAGGAAGCCCAUUUCCUGCCAGGUGAGGAGGAACUUCCUGUCUGGGAUCCAGGUCGAGUUCAAGCAGUCGCAGCACCAGCGCUGUCUGAGGGCCCAACUGCACUGGCUGCAGGUGGACAACCAGCUGCCCGGCGCCAUCUUCCCGAUCGUCUUCCAUCCCGUUCCUCCGCCCAAAUCCAUCGCUCUGGACUCAGAGCCGAAGCCCUUCAUCGAAGUGUCCGUAAUCACGAGGUUCAACCGGCACAGCAACGUCAUGCAGAUCAAGUACUUCAUGGCUCUGGUUCAGGAAAUGGCAGUGAAGAUCGAUCAGGGUUUCCUGUCGGCCAUCGUGGCUCUGUUCACCCCCGCUGCUGAGCUUCAUGCCGAGCGGCAGAAGGCCGGGCUGCUGGAUAAAGACCUGAAGAAGCUUCAGACGGAGCUGAUGGAGACUUCUCUCUCCGACCAGUCCACUCUCAGCUUCUUCCAACACUUCCACAUCUCCCCCAUCAAGCUGCACCUGAGUCUGUCUAUGGGCUCCUCCGGCUCAGAGGAGUCUCCCGAGGCGAUGCAAAGUCUGAACCUGCUGCUGCAGAGCAUCGGAGCCACGCUGACUGACGUGGACGACAUCGUCUUCAAGCUGGCCUUCUUCGAGGUGAAGUACCAGUUUUAUCGCAGAGAGAAGCUGAUGUGGGCGGUGGUCCGACAUUACAGCGAGCAGUUCCUGAAGCAGAUGUAUGUUCUGGUUUUGGGUCUGGACGUCCUGGGGAACCCGUUCGGACUGAUCCGAGGUCUGUCCGAGGGCGUGGAGGCCUUUUUCUAUGAGCCUUUCCAGGGAGCCGUCCAGGGCCCGGAGGAGUUCGCUGAGGGCUUCGCCAUCGGGGUCCGCACCCUGCUGGGAAACACCGUCGGGGGCGCUGCAGGGGUCGUCUCCAGGAUCACAGGCUCGGUGGGGAAAGGUCUGGCCGCCAUCACCAUGGAUAAAGAGUUCCAACAGAAGCGCCGCGAGGAGAUGAACCGCCAGCCCCGAGACUUCGGAGAGAGUCUGGCCAAAGGAGGGAAAGGACUGCUGAAGGGCGUCCUGGGGGGAGUUACAGGAAUCGUCACCAAACCUGUGGAGGGGGCCAGGAAGGAGGGUGCGGCCGGCUUCUUUAAGGGCAUCGGGAAGGGUCUGGUGGGCGUGGUGGCCCGGCCCACCGGGGGCAUCGUGGACAUGGCCAGCAGCACCUUCCACGGCAUCCAGAGAGCUGCAGAGUCCACAGAGGAGGUCUCCAGGCUGCGUCCUGUUCGUCUGAUCCAGGAGGACGGGAUCAUUCGGCCGUACGACCUGACGGAGGCUCAGGGCUUCGACCUCUUCCAGCGCUCUCAGAUCAAGCAGCUGGACGGGGAGGUGUUCAGGGAUCACUGUCCGUACCCCGGACAGAAGAAGACCUCCAUCAUCAUCACCAACAGGAGGGUGCUGUGUGUGAAGCAGGUUGACUUCCUGGGUCACUUUAACAGAGAGUGGGAGUGUCUGUUUGAGAACUUCUACAGACCGCCAUCUUUAGAGGGAACACAGCUCAACAUCUACUGCAAGGAUCAGAAGGGGGGGUUUCAGAGAGACAGUCAGCCGGUGAGGCGUCUCCAGCUCAGAGACUCUGACAGCGCUCAGAAGCUGCAGACUGUGAUCUCCGAGGCUCAGGUGAGGCAGCGGCAGCACAGCAUGAAGAGGCAGAAAUCACAGCGCUUCCUGCCAGUCAAGCAGUGACAUCACUUCCUGUUUACACCGAGACAUCACUUCCUGUUUACACACCAUCCCGAUCACAAACACUGAAUCUGAAGAUGUAAACAUGAUGUCUGCAGGCUCACUGUCAGGGUUCAUAUGGUUUGGGGGGGGUUUGUCCCUGCUCUUUGUCUGCAGGCUCACUGUCAGGGUUAAUAUGGUUUGGGGGGGGGUUUGUCCCUGCUCUUUGUCUGCAGGCUCACUGUCAGGGUUAAUAUGGUUUGGGGGGGGGGUUUGUCCCUGCUCUUUGUCUGCAGGCUCACUGUCAGGGUUAAUAUGGUUUGGGGGGGGGUUUGUCCCUGCUCUUUGUCUGCAGGCUCACUGUCAGGGUUAAUAUGGUUUGGGGGGGUUUGUCCCUGCUCUUUGUCUGCAGGCUCACUGUCAGGGUUAAUAUGAUUUGGGGGGGGGUUUGUCCCUGCUCUUUGUCUGCAGGCUCACUGUCAGGGUUAAUAUGGUUUGGGGGGGGGUUUGUCCCUGCUCUUUGUCUGCAGGCUCACUGUCAGGUGUCAAAUGAAGCCAUGAAAACACGUUGCACUAUACUAAUGAAUGUUCCUCGUCAGAUUAUUAAAGAGAUGUGUUUAUCUAUGAAAAUAUACAAUCUGAUUGUUAAUGAUCAAUAAAUGAAGUUCCUUCCUGUUUACAAACUCAA